AUGGGAAACUGUGCAGCUUCUCAAAACACAAGAAAUGGUGGCCUUGCCAUGACCACCCAUCACCAUAACUGGUCAUCAUCAUCUCCCCCAUCCACGCUCAAGGUCAUUCACAUGGACGGGAGACUGCAAGAGUUCACUCAAGACAUCAAGGCUUCUCACCUCCUCUCCCAGAACCCUAACUGCUUCCUCUGCAGCUCAGACUCCAUGUUCAUCGACUCCAUAGUCCCUCAAAUCCACGAAGAAGAAGACAUCUGUUUGGGCCAACUCUAUUUCCUCUUGCCUCUCUCUAUGUCCCGAGUCCCGCUCUCUUUCCGAGAGCUGUGCAUGCUCGCCAUCAAGGCCAGUGCCGUGCUCGAGAGCAGCUCGAGUUUGAGGAGAAGGAAGGACAGAGUUUCGUCAGGGGCAGGUCGUCGGAGAUGA